AUGAGCUUCUGUCCGGAGAUGUCAACGGAGAAAGUCCUCGGAAUGUGGUGGGACACAACUACUGAUACGUUUACGUUCAAGUUAUCACCGAAACACGAUGCAGAACUACUUUCCGGAGCAAGGAUGCCAACGAAACGUGAAGUCUUGAGAACUUUGAUGACUGUAUACGACCCUAUGGGACUCAUCGGCAACUUUCUCAUUUAUUUGAAAAUCCUGCUCCAGGAGAUUUGGCGUUCCGGAACCGGUUGGGACGAUGAGAUCGACUCGAGGUUGACCGAGAAGUGGUUAACAUGGAUUGAAGCGCUGCCGAAUGUUCGUCAAGUUACUAUCCCACGCUGUUACCGAACUGUGACGUCCAUCGAGUCAACCAACAGUGUGGAGCUGCAUGUUUUCUGCGAUGCCAGUGAAAAUGGAAUAGCUGCCGUUGCCUACUUUAAAUUCCAAGAAGGAGAUAAGGCGGAAUGUGCGCUGAUUGGAUCAAAGACCCGUGUAGCCCCGUUGAAGUUCCUCUCUAUUCCUCGUCUUGAGUUGCAGGCCGCAGUAGUUGGAGCACGCUUUGCCGAUAGUAUUGUCAAGUCACACAGAAUGAAGAUUACACGACGAGUUUUCUGGACUGAUUCCCGUGAUGUAGUGUGCUGGUUACGGUCUGAUCAUCGACGAUACAGCCAAUUUGUUGCGUUUAGGGUCAGCGAACUUCUUGAUACCACACAAGUAGGAGAAUGGAGAUGGCUUCCAACUAAGCAGAACGUAGCGGAUGAAGGAACAAAGUGGCAAAGAUUGCCGAACUUUCAGCCGAGCAGUCGUUGGUUCCGAGGACCAGACUUCCUACUAGAACCCGAAGAUUCGUGGCCUGGCGACGCUGGAGAUCAAGGAACGACGAUGGAAGAGAUCCGUGCUAGCGUUCUUCACCACCAAGGAGCCAAACCACUGAUCAUCUCUUUCGAACGUUUUUCGAAAUGGCAACGACUUUUGCGAUCUGUCGGAUACUUACACCGUUAUUUCAUCAACUUCCAGAACACCGUUAGAAAAACCACACUAGUGAGAGGCGCUCUGACACAGGAGGAGUUGAAAUCAGCUGAGAACACAAUCUACCGAUGUGUUCAGCAGCAGGCUUACUCGGACGAAGUUCGAUUGAUACGCAGUCGAGUACAAGGAGCUUCACCCUGGGAACGUACGUUGCCGAAAUCCAGUGCUCUCUACAAACUAAAUCCAGUCAUCGAUGAGCACGGUGUUCUACGAAUGCAAGGACGUAUCGGCGCCUGCGAAUGGGCAGAUGAGGCCACGAAAAACCCAGUUAUACUCCCGAGGCAACAUCACGUAACAAACCUGUUGAUCGCUGACUACCACGCUAAGUACCAUCAUCAGAAUCAUCAAACCGCAUUGAAUGAGAUUCGACUUAAGUACAAUAUUCCUCGCCUCCGCUCCGAACUUGAUCGUGUUAGAAGGAACUGUCUAAGGUGUAAAAUCCGCCAGGCUAGUCCAAGGCCUCCAGCUAUGGGUAAUCUUCCACCAGCCCGACUGGCAGCCUACCAGCGACCCUUCUCGUACACCGGAAUAGACUAUUUUGGACCAAUGACCGUGCUAGUUGGCAGGCGUACCGAGAAACGAUGGGGAGUUCUUUUCACCUGCAUGACCACCAGAGGCAUACAUAUCGAGAUCGCACAUUCCCUGUCUACGGAUUCUUGCAUCUUAGCUCUACGUAAUUUCAUCGCAAGAAGAGGUCCACCUUUGGAGAUCAUCAGUGAUCGGGGAACCAACUUCAUCGGAGCAUCGAGGGAGCUACGUGAAGCACUGGCGAAGAUCGACGAAGAACGUCUGAAAGUAGAAUUCGUCAGCCCAGAUACUAAGUGGACGUUCAAUCCUCCGGCUGCCCCACAUUUCGGUGGCUGUUGGGAGCGUUUAAUUCAGUCAGUCAAGAAGACCAUGAACGACUUCGACCCCCCGCGUUUACCUUCAGACGAAAUUUUACGAUCCAUGCUGAUGGAAAUUGAAAUGAUAUUGAACUCAAGACCAUUGACAGACAUACCGAUAGACAACGACAAUGAGCCCCCCUUAACACCUAACCAUUUUUUGUUGGGUUCUUCGAAUGGUAGUAAGCCCCCGAUCGUUUUCGACAAUACACCGAUUACUCUGAAACGAUCGUGGACGAUGGCACAACAAUACGCUGAUCUUUUCUGGAAGAAGUGGGUAAAUGAAUAUCUGCCCACGCUGACGCGAAGGACCAAGUGGUUUCAACCCGUGAAGCCCAUUCAGGAAGGAGACUUGGUGAUGGUCGUCGACAAUAACCUGCCAAGGAAUUGCUGGCCAAGAGGACGUGUGAUCAAAGCUGUUCCGGCGCAUGAUGGUCAGGUUCGUCGUGUUACUGUUCAGACAUUAAAGGGGCUUCUAGAGAGACCUGCUACCAAGGUUGCCGUGUUAGAUGUCGGUGCAACAGGAGGUAAGCCACAGGGACAGUGACGUACCGAGGGGGAGUGUCACAACCGUCCGGAGUGAAGCACCUUUCACUAAUAGCCACCUUGCCACUUGCCGUCAAUCAGAAUUUUGAAUCACGAAAUGUGAUCAAAGUAACCGCAGGUCUUUACUAACGAAAAAUCAUAAGCAGAGCAAGUGUGCGAGUGAAUUGUGUGCCGAGUAAGAUAGUAGCUACAAGCAGUUGUGAGUGGUAGAAACAUUCGUUAGACCAUAAUAAUUAUAUGUACUACCAAUCAGGUAAAUUUAUACAGUAGCAUAGAUAAAUUGUAACCUAACCUAAACUAAUCUUCCCAGCUCACGUGCUGCACGAAAGCAUACGAAACACGUGCUACCAAAGUUGCGAGCACAGAUUAGGCAGAAGGGAACUAAACGUAAGUCAUUUAUUUCACUUAACUAUAAAAACGAUUCGAACCAAACGAAAUCAUGAACUAUGUGGCAAUUAACGUAGGAAUUUUCUUUGUAAUUUUCUCUGAAGGAAUUUAUUAACGCCACCGAAUAAACGUAGAUAUUGUUAAAUAAAGGUCGUUUAAACAAAUCGGAAAAAUUCUAUUCCUCUGUCUGUCGC